CACGCUUGGGACCGGGUGAGAAGCUUCCUUCCCUUCAAAGCUGCAAAGCUGGCGGAGCAGGGGGAGUCGCAGAGUCUGGACAAUCUUUCCAAUACGUCUCCGGCCAGUGAGUGUCUGUUUUCCCAAGGCCUUGGCGGGGAAAAGGCCAGUUUAGGUGGACUUCGAGUUGGUACUCAACCGCAUCCCUGGGUAACUCCUACAAGCUUCGGAAGUUUAUAAGAUAAACUUUAUAUUUCCAAAUGGAGACAAGUAUGAUGGUGAAUGUACAAGAACGUCUUCUGGAGUGUAUGAGAGAAAUGGAAUAGGUAUUCAUAGCACUCCUAAUGGGAUUACCUACACAGGGAACUGGAAAGAUGACAAGAUGAAUGGUUUUGGAAAACUUGAGCAUUUUUCAGGAGCAGUGUAUGAAGGCCAAUUUAAGGACAACAUGUUUCAUGGAUCGGGUACUUAUACAUUCCCAACUGGGGCAAAGUACACUGGAAAUUUCAAUGAAAAUAGGGUGGAAGGUGAAGGGGAGUUUACUGAUACCCAAGGACUGGAAUGGAGUGGUAACUUUCAUUUUACGGCUGCUCCGGGCCUGAAACUAAAAUUCCACAUGUAGAUGUUCUGCAUUGAAGUUUAAAUCUAGUCAUCUAUAAGGAAAUGAGUUGGAUCUGUGAUCUGCAGUAACCUCAAACACAGUUUCUAUAAGUUUGCCAAUAAAACCAU